AAUAUGAAAGAUGUGAGUCUUGUCCUUUAUGUAAACAAACGAAUGUAAACAAGAGCCGUCAAAUUUUAGACCGAGAGAAAAUUUUUUAGGCACUACAAGACAGCCCACUAACCAUGGGGGACCAUGGCCGCAGAAAUGCAAAGAAGCCCCCAGAUACUAGCCAGGACACACCCUUAAUGACUCUCUUUCGUGUGUACUCUAAAGCCCUGGAUGAGAAGAAUGACAAAUAUGAACGUAUUUACAAGACCAGCCGUGAUGUGACAGUACGCAGUAAGAGGGUCAUCUUCUCCCUUCAGAGAAUACCUGGACUGAGUGAAGAGGAGAAGGAAGCAUUGAUGGUAUCAGCUACAAAUGAACUGCAUGACAUUGAGCGUACACUCCUAAAGCAUAUUGCCAUGGAACUUAGGGAUGAGGAGCCACACCAGUUUGUUAAUGCUUUUACUUCAGGUAUCCAAGAGUACAUUGAGGCUGUGUCCUUUCACCACUUUCUACUGACGGGGACAAUUAUCAGCCAUGAGGAAGUGCAACGUCGUGUAACCUUUGGGAACCAGGAGGAAGACCAGACGGACUUAGUUCCCCUCAGUGUGCUUGUCCAGCCUAAGGAAUACAUCUUGGGAAUUGCUGAUCUCACAGGGGAGCUUAUGAGGUUCUGCAUCAAGAGUGUGAGCACAGGAGACUUUGAGAAAUGCUACAAGAUCUGCGAGGUCCUCAAAAAGAUGCAUGGUGGCUUCCUUUCUCUUGGUUACAUCCCAGCCAAGGAUCUCUACAAUAAGGUCACUGUUUUUAGGUCAAGUCUGCACAAGGUGGAAGAAGCAUGCUACUCACUGCAGCUGCGGAAGUCAGAGGUGCCAGCGGAAAUGCUGGGUGACCUCUUUGCUCUCUAUGAUGCAGAUGACCACAGCACAGGAUUUAUGUAAUAUACUGAAGCAGCUGGAUCUUUGUCUUUUCUUCCAUGUGCACACAAGAUUUUUGGAUAAGCUUCCACAGAAACUGAUUUGAAUUAAAGAACAUAAAAAAUAUGUGACACACUUUGUGGCUUUAUUUUUGAUGCGAGAGAUUACAAACUAAAUUGACCUUUAUUUAAGGUCUUUGUAUGUAGUUAACCUUGUUUUUAAAUAUUUA